UCUAUGAACGGCUUCUUAGUCAGUAGGGCACUGUUUCAACAAAUCCCAAUAUCUCAUCUCGCUUGUGUUCAUCAAUAACUUUUUUUCGGAUAACAACACGGAUUAUUAUCAUUACAACAGAGGAUGUGAUUUUAAAUACCAUUUAGGCCAACUCUGUGUCUCAUCUUGGAGUAAUUUCUUUUGGGAAAAAGAUAAAGAAAUAUUGGACAACAUUAACCUCAAUGUCAUGACGAAACACUUAUUUGGAGGAUAAUGCAUAGAUUCAUACACUAUGUGAAAAACACAUUACAACUGUUUCUCUUGUUUGAUUUACUGCUACUGUCAAGAGGUCAGUUUCAAGGUCAAGCACCGGGAAGCGCUGGACUGUUUCGCAAUGGAGCAGGACCUCUAGGGGACGGGGCCUCCCCGCCACUAUUUAACAACGCUGGCAAUGUGGGGCCAAAUAGAGAUGACGAUGUCGCCGAUAGCGUCGGUGAUGCAUCCAUUCGAAAUCCAAUUCCAAAGAACAAUAUACCCCAAAGCGCACCAUCCGGGAGAAGGAGGGGGCCCUUACGGUCCAAGGGUGUGUGUAGGGAUGGCUGGAAGCUAGCUGAGAUGAACAAUGUUCCCAUUUGUAUAUAUGUUAAUCACAAAGAAUUAUCUUGGGACGAAGCUAAGGAUACCUGUCGACAGGAUUUUGGAUUCCUUUUAAAAGCAGAGGCUCCUGUAUAUGUCGACUCUAAAAGCAUCGGUGAAUAUCUCCGUCGACAAGAGAUUUUAAAUAUAUGGACCGGCUUGCACGAAGAGGAAGGCACUCUUGUAUGGGAUGAGCUUGCGCCCCACAAAGUGAGACCGUACAACGAUUUCAUGGAGUCGAGACUUAAAGCAGACCGCACAUGGGACUGGGAGAUUGACGACGACACAGAAGACAGUGACGUAUGCGGAGAUUUGGAUCUAAGCAGACUAAAACUACCACUUGAAGAGGAAGUUUUCAGACGUAGACGUAAACGAAGUAACAUCAAGGAAGAUUUAAAGAUUCGUAAACGACGAAAUCCUGAUGAAAAUCAUCAUCCUGAAAUGGCUUUUUCCCAACACAUAACAGAAACCCUCACGCAAAGUCCAGUUGAAACGAUGUUUCAAAACACAGAAAGACCAUCUGAAAGGCCAUUCAGACAGUAUAGUAGUGACAGAAUUAGCGACAACAUACCAUCAAGUCAUUUACCAAAUUCUGAAAACACUGAAAACAGCAUUAAGCCUUUCCAAGAUCUUGCCUUUUUAAAGGAAAAUCAACCCAAAGAUGGCACACAGACUCCGCAACCAGAACAGCAGCAGCAACAACACAACUUGUAUGGUCAAAAUUCGGAAUGGCAUUCUUCAACUGAUUUGGGCGAAGGUUUCGGAGAAAGUGUUCCAGAUCCAGUGCUUUCUGAAGUAGUAAAUGAAACACCAAUCCAGGUAACAAAAUUACGUAAAUUCGAUACCGCUAAUGAGCAGCAGCAAUCGGAAGGGCAAAGCCAAACAAAUGCAGAGGCUGGAAAUUGGAAUUCAAACAUAGAAAUUACAAGUAAUCUGCCACCUGUUUUACCCACCUCUGGCAUUAUGGAAUCUCAAAAGAACCUUGAAGAAAUUACUCCUCCACCAAAUGAAGAUGGGGAUAAUGAUCCAACCGUACCUACAACGGUGGACAAUAAUGAAAUCAAUCCGGACAUCCCGACUCCAAAACCUCUUGAUAGUGUUUUAGAUUUUGUUUCCACGGAAAAAGAUGCAAACAUCGAAAUUCCAGAGCAAAAGUCCCAACCGUUUGUUGCAAAAACGAAGAGGCCACUAGAAGAAACUCCAACAAGUCCGGAUGUGGAAAUGUCACCUACAAAACCUGAUACACAAGAUGGGAUGUUACGGACACUUCCUGUAACGAAGCAACCCAUUGUUACGGAAGAGGACGGAAAAGAGAACUCCAUUCCACCAAUUCCAGAAAAUGCUGAUCAAGCUAUCGAUUUAGAUCUCCUAAAACAUGUUUCAGAGAAAUUGCCUUCCCAAACGACACCGUCUAUUGAAUCAGCAUUGAAGAAAGACCUAUCACAUGGUGAUAGCGAUACUGAUUCCAUUGCACCCUCGUUCUCUUUUGUUCCAACUAUACCAUCAUUUGAUGACGUUACACCUGCGACGAACGAUGUUGAUAUUCCUUCGACACCUUCAAAUUUUGAUGAUGUAACAACGACAACACUACGAACGACUGAAGUUACAGAUCCUACCAAAGACGCCGCGCCAAUCACUGGUGCAACGCAGAUCAGCAUACCAGCCAUGGAUGAUAUUAAGACUGCGCCCACUUCCAGGGGGAUCCCUUUGAGAGAACCACCGACCACAACUAGCAAUGAUAGUAGCGAAACUGCUGACGAUGAAGCGGCACUCGGGAGGAUAGAAACUGUUCAACCAAACGACAAAAUUACCACGGCUAAACCAAGUUUCGAGUUCACAUCACCAGAUGAGUUUAUAAACACAUUAGGUAUCAUAGGAUCGAACUUGCACAAAUCUAACGAAUCCGGGGCGUCAAAAACAAUCGAUGAUAUUAGUCAAUCUUCGGGAACAAGUUCAGAAAACCUUAAAACAACUAAAGGGGAUCCAGAUGAAUCAGUCGACGGUGACAGCUCUUCUACAGGGGAAAACAACUCUUAUGAUAGUGACAACAAAGACGGUAAAGAUUCAGGUUCAGAUUCUAGUGACAGUACUUCGAAAGAUGGCAGUGAUGACAGUUUAGUGGAGAAAACAAAAACAACCUUGAAUAAAACAGACGUCAGCCAUCAUGAAAACAGUCAGGAGCUCGUGAAAAAUUUAUAUUCAAAUCACACUGAUGGGAAACCUGAUGACGAUGAUUCUAUCUCAAACAGUUUAGAAGAUGAUAGCAUCGAAAGUCUUGAAAACACGACAAUGGCAGAUCUUAGUAAGGAUAGCAACGCGACUGAUAAUAAGGAUUCGUCUACUUCAAAAGAUUCUUACGAUGACAGUAGUGAACUCGACGAAAAAGAUUCGGCUGUAAACUCUACUGAAGAUGACAGCAAUGAAAGCUUUGAAAACACAACCGUAAUAGUCGUAAAUGAUAAAACAAGCAAUGAAACUGAUACCGAUUCCUCUGCUUCAAACGAUGAUUCUCAAGAUGACAUAUCUACGUCCUCCGACAGUGAUGUCAAUAGCAACGGAAACGACGAUAGUAAAGAUGACAGCAAUUCGUCAAAUAGCACUGAUGCCGAUAGCUCUGAGGAUAAAAUGAGAGACAAUUCUGUGUCAAAUGAUGUAAAAGAAAACCAAAGUGAUGGCGAUGAAAGUUUGGAUGUAGAUGAAACAGAUGAUCAACAAAAUAUUACUAAUAACACGUCAGAUGAUACCAGCAACGAAAUAGAUAGCAAUGAAAAAAGUGGGAUAUCUGACAAUUCGGAGACAAGUGAUGAUGACGAUGUAACACAAAACGUCCUCGGAAUACUUUCAUCUACACGGAAAUCAGAAACAGAUGGUGAAAGUAAUGAUGAUGCCAGCAUAAAAUCAGAAUCAAAUGAUGGUGAUGGGAAGGAUAACGUCGACAGUGUGGAUGUGGUUAGUACCAAAGAUAGUGGUGGUGACAGCACAGCAUCAGACACAACUACAGUUUCGUCAUCAGAAGAGAAAAAGGACAGUAAUGAAAGUGCAGAAAGUCGUGAUGAUAACACAAACGAUGAGACUGAAAAUAACGUUGAUAGCUUUCAGGAUGAGGGAGAAGGGAAUAGCUCAAACACUGACAGUGAAAUUGACAAUGAUAGUUCGAGCGAUGAAAAAACGGAAAAUACAUCAAAAGAUGACACUGAAACUAACGAUGGUAGUUCAAGUGAUGAAAAUAAAGAGAAUACAUCGAACAAUGACAAUGAAGUUAACAAUGAUAGUUCAAGCACCGAAAAUAAAGAGAAUAUUAUAAAUGAUAACAGUAAAGCUAGCGAUGAUAGUUCGAGUGCUGAAGACUCAGAUAACUCUACUGACAGUGGCAAUGAAAUUGAAGAUGGCAAUGCAAGUGCUGUAAACUCAGAGGAUUCUACUGAUAGUGGCGAUGUAAGUAAAGAUGAGAAUUCGAGCGAGGACAAAACAGGGGAUGCCAUAGACAAUGAUAAGGAAACAAACGAAAAUAAUUCAGACGAAGAGAAGGGAACGAACAUUUUAAACGUUAACAUUGAAUCAAAUGACGAUAGUUCGAGUGCUGAAGUAUCAGAAAACUCUAUUAACAGUGGCAGUGAAUUUGACGAUGAUAAAGCAAGUGCUGUAAACUCAGAGGAUUCUACUGAGCGUGGCGAUGAAGCUACCGAUGAUAAUUCAAGCGAUGAUAACGAAAUAGACCCUUUAAACUCUGACAAAGAAAAUGAUUAUGCUGAUUCCAGCAUUGAGAAGGACGACAAAAUUACAUCGAUACCAAUUGAUUUGGAAUUAAUGGAAAGCAUACAAGAGGCCGAUGAAAUGAGUUCUUCAACAAUGGAAGAUAUAGAUAGUAGUUCAGAUGAAAAAAACGAUGAUACCAGUGAUGAUAAAACAUCAGAUGAAACCAACGAUAUAAUAAGUGAUAUUUCUGAUGACGCAAGUGAAUCUUUUGGUGAUAGUAAUGAAAUUGAUAGUGUCGUUAUACCGACAACGUUAGUUGCAAGAAAACCGAAAGAAGAUGAUGAAAGCAUUGAGAAAAACAGCGAAGAGAGGAUUGAUGAUGAGGAAGACAGCGACGACGUUUCGACACUUGGCGAUGAUUUACCAAUAGGGGAUUUUAUGACACUGAGGACGUUCGUUGUAGAGGAGGAAUCGGAUGAUAAAGAUAUUGGCGAUGACCUACGCCGUAAUUUUGCAGAAAAGGACAUAGGACUGAGAAUCCAUGAACAUUUAGAUGACGUUGAAGAAAUCGAGGAAUUUGUACCUCCUGCAGACAAAAGAGAACACAUUCCCCACUCAGGUCAUCAUCACAGCCAACGAAAAACACUUGGCAUGAAGUUGUCACAGUGUACUAUCCGUAAACCAUCUGUCUGUUACAGUCCACCGAUUGUCCUGGAGGAUACAGCAUCCUCCUGUCCUCCUGGUUGGUAUGGCCACAUUUUCUCAAAAAAGUGUUACAAAGUGAUCGUCUCUAGAAUGCCUUUCACUGCUGCAAUGGAGCGCUGUACUAACGAAGGAGGAAGACUGGCUGCUAUGGGAAACAGUAAAUUUAACGCCGAUUUGGUGUUGAUGAGCAUACUGAAGUCGCAAACAGAAGGUUUCGUUGUGGGGCCAUCGAGCACGUUUUGGGUGGAAAGAUUACCUUCUACGAGACAGUGCCGGGCUCUGACUGUGAAUGGAUAUAUGGAAGCCUCAUGUAACAGUCAUGCUGAGGUUGUCUGUGAAAGAGACGCGCUGAUAAAAGGACAAGAAAAUGAAGAUGAAGAUGAUGAAACUGACGAUGAAACAGAAGAAAGUGUUGAGAACGAGGAAGAUCACGAACCAGAGCGAGUGUAUCUUUCAUCGAAAAGGGAUGAUAGUAAACUGACAUGCGACCUUACCAAUAAAAAUAGAGAGUUACCAACUGUUUGGUUCAAAGAUGGAAAAAUUGUCGACAUAAAACUGGAACGAAGAUCCCCGAGUCUGAUUUCCUUACUUGGUGUAAUGGGCAGACCACUAACACCACUUCCAGAACCAGCGUUAACGACUUCUAAUGCUUUGGAACUGGGACCAAUGUUCCGGAAAACGCUGGAGUAUUCCAGCAGUCAGAAACUCACCAACGAAAUGUUCCAGGGUACUUACUGGUGUGAAGUGUGGGACAUGCAUCCCUUUAAUCGACGCCGUUCGAGAUCCUACUCUGUCAAAUAUUCUGAUGUUAUCACAUUCCGGGGGACCAUUGAGAUGCCUGAAAUAUCCCACAAAGGAAUUCUUCUCCACAAUAUGAUCAACCAACAGAAUGCCAAGCUGUCCGGUAUCAUGACAGACGUUAACUUUAUCAAUGACAAUAUCCUACCCGUUCUACAACAAAGCAUACCUACUGUCCAGAGUGUGGUUACAUACGGAGGGAAAAUAGAAGACACGAAGCCAUUAAAACUAGGGUACUACAUGUUUCUGAAGACAACUGAUAAUUACACAAUGGCGGAUGAAAAUAUGGCGUAUUUGGUCCUACGAAAGGAGUUACGAGACACCAUGAAAAAAGCAAACAUGUUGCUGACACUGCCUGGGAAGACUCCAAUCCACAUUGUUCGGUCAAUUGACCUAACGAGUACAAUUGCCUGCCCGUUGGAUCACCUCAAAGAUGACGAAACUGGUCUAGUGGCAACCUUUCCCCGAUCGUCUAUUGACACUGUGGUCAACAGUAUUGAAAUGUGUGAGGGAUCUAAUGCUGGAAGAGCGUCAUGCAAAGGUGACUACUACACAGGCGCCUAUUGGACUGACGUCUCUGUUACCAAAACGUGCAACAACGAAAGUCACACACAGUCAGAGGAAUCUGAAGAAGAGGAGGAAGAGGAGGAGGGAAUAUUUGAGAAAAUGACACUUGAAGACAGACUAAAAGAACUUGCAGAGAUGGACAUGGAAGAUGACAAUGUAGAAGGUAUAAUGGAGGAGACAGCUAGCAUUGUCGAGAAGGUAGAAGAGAUGACUGCUACUGAUAUUGAUUACAUCGCCGAAAUCAUGGACAAAACGGUCAACGUUCACAAGAUCACUAAAGAAAUCGGUAUGAAUGUAAUGAAAACAAUGGAUAAAGUUAUGAACAUCGACGAAGACGAGCUCGAGAAGGCUAAUGAAGUUUCUCAAGCGUCCAACAGAAUUCUUAAAAGUUUCGAGAAGGUCGCCGAAAAUAUUGACUUGGAGGAUGACGGUAAGCUCCGUAUCGUUAAGCCUAAUGUGGCCAUGGAGGUAUGGAACCUUAACCAGAUCAAGGUCCCUAUCAUAGGGUUGGCGGCACGUCAAGGCAAGGCUGGAAGGUUAGACGAGGCUUUCAACGAAGAUAGAAUCUUCACUCUUUACAAUCAAUCGCAACUGUACGGAGACAUUGAUGCAGCCAUUGAAUUGCCUCCCGAACUCAUCACCUCGGCAAUGGUUGAUGGAAAAGGUAUAAAAGACGAUACAAGACUAUACAUGAUGGUAUACAGAGAUGGGAGGCUGUUCCGGGGAAAUUCAAAAGCAGCUGACAAAAUUGACGUCACAAGAGAUCUACGUCUUGGGAUUUUGAACAGUUACAUCAUUUCCGCCAGUAUUAGCGGUCGAGAAGUCAAAGGACUGAAACAUAAAGUAAAAACGGUCUUCAAACCACUACAGUCACCAGCAAACGAUGAGCGUAAAUGUGCCUUUUGGGACUUUGACAUGAAUUACAAAGAAGGCGGUUGGUCAACUGCCGGCUGCGUAUAUAACGGUCAAGUCAAUGGACGAGACAUUUGUUUGUGUGACCACCUUACCAACUUCGCUGUUUUAAUUGAUUUCUAUGGGCAGGCCGAACCAGUUGAUCGUGAUCAUGAAUUUUCCCUGAGCAUUAUCUCCCUUAUCGGACUCAGUUUGUCAAUCCUGGGGUUAUCGCUUACCAUCAUAUCCUACGUGUUUUUUCGAAAACUCCGACAAGGUCGUGCUCAACAGACUCUGUUCAACCUUGCCCUUGCAAUGCUGUGUUCGUGGGUGGUGUUCCUGACCGGUAUCAGACAGACGCAUAACUACAUUGGAUGUAUCAUCGUUGCCGUUCUCCUCCACUAUUUCAUAUUGUCAUCGUUUAUGUGGAUGUUGAUGGAGGCAUUUCUCCAGUAUCUGACAUUCGUCAAAGUCCUCGGGACAUACGUCACCAGGUAUACCCUGAAGACCGUGGUCAUCGCUUGGGGACUGCCCCUGGUACCUAUUAUAAUAGUAUUGAGUCUUGACCCCGACCUCUACCGUGGAGGUGACAGAUACUGCUGGAUGUCUUUAGAUGCGUUCUACUAUGCCUUUGCACUGCCUAUCGGUGUUAUAAUUCUGUGUAACCUGGUAGUGUUCAUACUUACCGUCACCAGUAUAUGUCGGCGACCGACAGGAUUACGAAGCAACCAGUCAAAACAGAAAAUUGCCAUAACUAAUUUACAGGCCGCCAUCACAAGCUUUGUAUUGCUUGGUUUAACGUGGCUGUUGGGCUACCUUGCUAUCGCAGAUGCCCGAGUGGUCUUCCAGUAUGCUUUCACCAUCCUCAACUCUUUACAAGGAUUCUUUAUUUUCGUCUUGUUUGUCGCCCGGAAGAAGCAAGUGCGAGACCAAUGGCUGAUUUUAUGCUGCUGCAAAGAUCCCAAAAUGGAAAAGGCAUCCAGGUCUCUAUCAGCCUCGGCUUCGAUUCCUAGUACAUGUAGCGGAAGAAGCUCGAGCAGCUACAGCGGAAGGAGUGAAAGGUCUGACUCUACGCGAACGACAAGUAGUUUCGUCAAUAAUGACUAUGAGACGAUAUACACCGUUCCGUAUACGAAGCAUUCCCGAGAGUCCCUGUACUACCGAAAAGUUUAACAUUGAUAUUGAACGUUUCUGAAACAGUAUAACAGGCAUUGCUGUAUACCUAAAUGCGACAUUAUGGCGGUUUAUUUACAUACAAAUGCAUGAGACGGUAUCAUUUUCGCUUUUGCAGUUAGCAAAUACUCCUGCUACGGUUGGUAAAGGAUACAUUUUCUGUGUAUACGAGUUGUAGUAAACAGAUGGAUGGAACCAGCAUCCCACCUGCCACCCUGUCACCUAAUUUAAAUUAUACCACCCUCUGCCACCUAAUUUGAACAAUAACGUCAGAUCUAUAGAUAGUUUGGUACGUCAUUGGUGGUAUUAUCUAAAUUAGGUGGCAAUGUGGCAGGUAGGAUGCUGGUUCCAUAUGUUUAUUACUACUUAUACGAUACACAUUUAUUAUCAAAACGUUGCAUAUUUUAUUACAUAUAUUACAUUAAAAAUACACUGUACACAUGAAGCACUCGUGCGUGCGAUGUCAAAAAAUUAAAAGUACCGUUUAAGUCACAACAAAAGUGAAAAUUCAAAGUAAUAGUACAAUAAAAGAGACGACUCAAAUAAGGUCACUUUAACCUUGAGACCAUCUGUUGCCCCAAAAACAAAAUGACAAAAUCAUCACGACAUGUAAUAUGUUUACAGUAAACAGAAUCUCAAAUGAAAGGGCGCGAUCGAUAUAGGUCGAAUGUAUUCGGAAAGAUGCAAUAGCGAAACUAGUACAAUUUACAGUGCAUGUCUGAUUGUGUUAUUGAACCACAAUUAACUAUGGAAUUCAUAUUAAUGUAUUUGCAUACUUGAGUUGUGUCUUGCAUUAUUCUCUCGCAUUGGUGUUGAUAAUUAAAGGUUUGCAAAGAUGUAGCCAUUAUUAUAUUCAAGGUGACCCGGUACAAAAGUCUCAUAACAUUCUUGUUUGUAAAUUGUCUCGUUUAACUUACGUUGUCAAAGGCUAUACGUGUUGUUGAAACACUGUGUAGUGUUAUUUAUUAAUGUUAUAUAAAGCUGUAUAUUAUUAUUUCAUAAAUUGAGGUAUCGUUAUUAAUAUUCAAACUAUAUAUUUUGUAACCACGAAAUGAACUUUAUUAAGUAUUACUGGUAGUUAUCGAGUCAUGUUUAAAUAGCAUUGUGUAUAAUAUUUUCAUGAUUCAUGUGAUACAAAAUUCAUUGUUCAUCGUGACUACCUUUUAAUAUGGUUUGCAUCACAGAAAUAAGGAAAUGAAAUGUUUAAUGUGAUAAGUAAUAUUAUUCUACUCGCUGGUCCCUAUGGUGUAAUAUUGUUUAACCUAGUUAUGUAUGAAUGUUGGUUAAUUAUUUAUGUUGUAUAAUCUUAUGUCUCCUAUGUCGUCUAAUGAACGUCUGAUCCAAAAGUCUAUUAUAUUGCCUCACCACUCGGAUACUUUGUUUAAAAGAAGAAGUUUUUCCAGGAGUAAAGGGUAAUACUGAUCACUUACAAUCGCGAAAAACUGAUGUUUCACUCAGAGAGUUAUAUCGAACAUGAAGAAGUCAGAAAGAGUUUACCUGGCUUUGAGUUAUUCCUCCUGUCAAGUUUUCAAAUACUUUGCAGUCCACAAAUUGGACACUCAUUUUAAUACAGUGCAUAUUUAUAAUCCUUGCUUUGCAACAUUGGCAAAGAUAAGGCUGUUUAAUGUGACGGAAAUUUCAUUUGUAAAGGACAAAACAAUUUUAUUCACAUUAGUGACAAUGGUAAAACUAUAUUUUAACUUAUUUGAUACCUUUUACCUUAACUCGUUUUUCUUUGGAUAUCAUGAUAUAGGUCUCAAAAUGAAUAUAAACGUUAAGCAACUCAUCUUAACGUCAAAAUGUCAUGCAAAAGAACAAAUUACUAAUCUGUUGAUGUGGUCUGAGUAUAUUGUAAACAAAACCCGGAAAAGAAUGUGAUUGGAAUUUAUUCGAAUCGGUAUUGUGUUUAGUAUGACAUGAAAAUUAAGUGCUAUUUAAUUCCUUUAUGGAUAUUUUACAAUUUAAUUAACAGAUAUAUCACUAAACAUUAUACAAAGGCUUCACUGUUAUACAACGUGUAUGAUAUACAAACGUUUAAUGUCAGUAAAACGUAUAUGUAUAGCUGUAAUACAGUUCUUUGAAUUCAUUAUAUAUGUCUCAAGUCACGUCCAGGUUGAAGACUAUGUUGUAGACGUAAUAUUCAAGAAACUUUGAAGGUAUCAUUGAUCGUUUAUUCCGUCUUUGCGUAUUGCACAGUUAUCUUCUCUUGUGAGCAGGUAUUGAUUGUUACGUCAUUGGUUU